AUGACAGCUCCGGUCAAAGAAUUCGUGAUGAGACAUGAUUUCAAAGAUGUUCCGAAAUUUAAAGAAGGCGUUUAUCAGUACAGUCCGAGAGAAGAACAUUUCAAUAUUCCAUGGAAAAUGUCCGUUGUUCGGAGAGAUGGAUUUCUCGGUGUCUAUCUUUAUUGCGAUCAACUUAAAACUAACAAGUCCAUUCGUGUUGAAUUCAGCAUACAAUUGAUAACAGUGACUGGAAAAAAGAAUCAAUUACACACGUCGUUAACGUAUAAUACGAAAAACUAUGCAUGGGGAUGGGGCAAGUUUCUGGAUUGGAAAAAAAUGGAGAAAGAUUAUAUGAUUGAUGAGCAUAUUACUGUUGAAACUCACGUCAAAAUUAUCGAAAUUACCGGAAUCAAGAGAAAGAAAUUGAAAAAUUUCGAUGCGACAAUGGAAGAGUAUUCAGAUUUGGUAAUUAUUGUGGAGGAUGAGAAGUUUCAUAUCUCAAAAUUUUUUCUCGCCGACCAAUCAACGUACUUCAAAUCUCUUCUAACUAGAAAACAAGAAGAAUCAGAAAAACCAGAUACCACUCUGGAUGAUUGCAAAUCAGAGGAUUUUCAGUGCUUUCUGGAAUUGAUCUACGGAGAGUUUCUGGCUUCACAGUCCACUUACUUUGAAUCGCUUCUCUCGAAAAAGCAAAGGGGGUCUAAAAAAUCAGAAAUCACACUGGAUGGCUGCAAAUCAGAGGAUUUUCAGUACUUUCUGGAAUUGAUCUACGGAGAGUCACCAAUUGAUGAAGAAACAAUCGAUAAAAUUGUUCAUUUGGCUGACAAAUAUAAAGCUCCCACUGCAAUCAGAAAAUGCGAAGAAUUUUUGAUGAAUAAUUCUGGAAAAACAUUGAAAGAGAAGUUGCAAAUGGCUAAAAAUUACAAGCUGGAAAACUUGAAGACGGCUUGCCUUUCCAAAAUCAAUACUGUUGAAGACAUUCGUUCUGUCUUGUCAUACACAACUAGUGAAAUGGAUCCAUCGGUCGUUGGUGCUCUCCUGCAGAAAUCUCUCUCACUUCUCCCAUAA